AUGAUAGAUACUCAAAUUGCGCAACUUUCCUCUACCCUGCAAAAUUGCCAACCAGGAGCCUUGCCAGCACAGCCAGUGCAACCUAUAGAUCACGCGAAUGAAAUUACUUUUAGAAGUGAUUCAAAUAAUGAUGGGCCCCCUAUGCCCAAAGAUGAUGAACCUAUAAUUACAAAAAUUGCUAAUCCUGAUUUUGUUAUACCAAAUACUGUUGUUACUAGCCUUGGUAAAACUCAAGAUAAGGCUAGAGAUGUGCAUAGCCCUGCUAUCAAAAUUCCAUUCUCAAAUAGACACCUAAAUAAUAAGUUGGAUAAGCAGUUUGAUAUUUUGACUAGGAAGAGAGCCUUUAAUGUGGUAGAGACUGUAGCUUUUACUGAAGAAUGUAUUGCACUACUACAAAAUAAGUCUCCACCUAAGUUAAAGGAUCCCGGUAGUUUUUCUGUACUUGGCCAUAUUAGUAAUAUUUUCAUUGAUAAAGCAUUGUGUGAUUUGGGUGCUAAUGUUAGUGUCAUGCCUUCAUUUGUGUGCUCAAAGCUUAAUAUCUUACCCCAGGUUCUCACCCGAGAUCCCUUGGAGGAAGUACAAUGUUGUGAUCUUAAUGCAGGGGAUGUUGACAUAUGGAGUAGAGAGGUGGAUGUAAUUGAGCAAGCUCUAGCAAAUGAGCAACUUAGCCCUGAUGAGAAUGAUAAAGUAGAAAAUUUAAUACAGGAAUCGUACUCUGUAGAGGUAAAGAAAUUUGAACUUAAACCUAUUCCUUCGCCUUUGAAAUAUAUAUUUCUUGAUGAGCAGGAAUUGCACCCCGUGAUCAUUAGUACUGCAUUCGAUGAUUCCCAGAUUUCCCAACUCCUAGAGGUUCUAAGAACCCAUAAGAGGGCAAUCGGGUACAAUAUUGAUGAUCUAAAGGGUAUUAGCUCUGACUUUUGUAUGCACGAGAUACACCUAGAAGACAAUCACAAGCCAUGUAUUCAACCACAAAGGAGGUUGAAUCCUAACAUGCAGGAAGUUGUCAAAAAGGAGGUCAUGAAGCUACUUGAUGCAGCAUUGAAAUAUCUCAUUGCCAAGGCAGAGACCAAGCCUAGACUUCUCCGUUGGGUACUUUCGCUCCAAGACAUUGACAUUGAAAUUAGAGACAAAAAGGGAGUGAAAAAUGGACCUUGGUAUGUCGAUUAUGCCAAUUAUUUGAGGAUUGGCAAUAUUUCAAGGAGGCACGAGAUGCCCCAAACUAGAAUACUUGAAGUUGAAAUUUUUGAUGUUUGGGGUAUUGACUAUAUAGGACCGUUCCCAUCUUCCAAUGGGAUUUGUUACAUACUCGUGGCCGUUGAUUAUGUGUCCAAAUGGGUCGAGGCCAUUGCUUCACCAACAAAUGAUGUCAAAUUGGUCAUUAAACUUUUCAAGAAGACCAUAUUUCCAAGAUUUGGUGUCCCGCGAGCUAUCAUUAGUGAUGGAGGUUCUCACUUCCAUGAAAGACAGUUGGAUAACCUUCUAAAGAAGUGUGGAGUCUACCACAGGACCGGGCUUAGUUAG